AUGAAUUAUAUUUUCUGCUCGCAAAUGCAACAGGGAACACCACAGCAUAUGGUAGUCUUAUAUGAUAUCAACUGCCAAUGGUUGAAGAAACUGUGGGAAAGGAUAGCCACAUAUCCUUCUUCAAUGACACCAUCUCAGGAUCCCAGCAACCUCAUUUAUUUGAUACUGAAGUUUCAUCUGCCAGCACACAUCCCAAGCUGUUAUAUGAAGUAUUCAUUCUACAAGAUGCCACAUGAUGGAGAGACAGAUGGAUGA